AUGGCUGAGCAACCGCCAGGCGACUCCCAUGCGAACGCUACGGCUGAUAGCAGCGGUAACUUCCACCCGAGGAAUGCCUAUGAGCCCUCACCUGUGCUUUAUUAUGCUCACAGAGCUCGGCUCGUUCCCAACUACGUUUUAGAGCGACUUUCGGCGGCCCACCACCAGCACCACCACCACGACCAGAGGCCGCAGGCGGCCCGCGAAGAGAAUGAGAAUCCCUACACAUCGUUUGCCGAUGACCCAUAUAUCCGGACGGUGAACCACGACUGGCACCAGUUUCUUGCCAGUGUCAAGGACCCGCAGCAAUAUACACCCGACGUUCUACACAAUGCUCCGUUGGACCAACCCCCAGCAUAUGACCGUCCAUGGGGCGGUGACGAGAGACUUCGGCUGGCGUUCUUGCCCGGCACAGGACUCGCCCAGGAAGCCGAUGUUGAGCAUCUACCCGGAUUUUGGAGCCGUAUCUUCAGCCGGCAAUCUCGCACUGCGGAUGAUUCACCUCGUCAUCGUACAAAGGCGGGCUACUGGAUGCUGGAUGAAAAGCGUAAGGAUGUGAUGCCUACGCUUCAUCGUAUCUUCGUACAGAAUCCUUUGGUACCGUUGUUUUUACGUAUUCUCAUUCUCAUGUUCUCUGCAUGUGCGUUGGCGUUGGCGCUGUCCAUCUAUGUCUACCUGCAACGGAAGUAUGAGGACUACAAUGUGGAUCAACAACCCAGUACGAUAUUUGCUAUUGUUGUACAAUGCGUAGCAAUAGUAUACGUUGUGUACAUCGCAUACGACGAAUACUCUGGCAAGCCAUUGGGACUCCGAAACCCAUUGGGCAAAAUGAAGCUUGUGAUGUUCGAUUUACUCUUCAUUAUAUGCUCAUCUGCGAACAUGUCUCUUGCAUUCUACUCUCUUUAUGACGACGAGUGGGUUUGCAAGACCGAUCGAACGCCCUACUUGAAAGCCUAUGGAAUAUUCUACCCGACUGUGAACUUUUUAUGUCGACGGCAGAAAGCCUUGGCAUCAUUUUUGCUUACUGUUCUUUUCCUUUGGGUAUUGACAUUCACAAUUUCCAUUAUUCGUUUGAUUGACCGUGUGAGCACGAACCCACGAGACGACUAG